GUGACUCGGUGCGCCGUCUUCGGUAUCUCGAUUUACGACGUCGACGACGCUGAUCGCUUGUUUGUUUUCAAGCAGCUGUGAUGGUGAAUAUUUUCCAUUUUUUUGCCACACAUUAACAUUAUCAGUUCCGACAGUGUUGGGCUUCGCCAUCAGUUUUUCGGCUAUCAGCAGCAGCUCACUUGGACGUGCGUCUCAUUGCUUUGCGACAGUGAUUUGUUUUCGGGUUUCAACUAGCAAUGAAUAUGUGAAAUUAGUGUCGAAGAGAAUGUCGUGACUGUUUUAUCGUAUCGUGAUUUUUCUGCUGGACGAAUGGAUCCGGAACAAUUUCAAUUUUCUACUGAAAAUCGGCAUAAUUAAUAACUGAUUGGAAUAGCGUGAAGCCGGCAGUUAUCACGAUUGGCUGUCGUUGGCUGCAGGACAUUGACCAGGUUUACGUUCUUUCGCUUAAAUUGAAUUAAAUUGCAAAGGGAAGGUCCAGGGAAGGUGAAAAUAUAAUUUUCGCAAAAGCAAAAUGCGUUUCAUGGGUUAGUGCGAUUUUGGUUCAAAUGUCACCCUAUAGCCGCUAUAGGCCCCUGUCGCCAGGGUCGGACUCAGCAGGGGGUGGAGGAUUAACCGCAGUUAUUCACCAGCAAAAUGGGGCUUCGCCCUGUCGAAAUGCCCAAAGUGCCUGCCGGUUUUUAAGAUGGAUUUCCAAAUUCGGCUCUCAACCCGCCAAUAAACCCGGACUAGGGGUCUUGGACAUGACCGCAACGGAGAACACCAUCCAUUUUAGUGACCACACUAAGGACAAAGCCACGAAGGCUAAAGUUACUUUAGAAAACUACUACAGCAAUCUGGUUGCCCAGCAUGUAGAGCGAAAACAAAGAUUAGCUAAGUUAGAAGAAUCCCUCAAAGAUGAAAGUCUGUCCGAAGAACAAAGGCACGAGAAACGGUUGCAGCAUGCCCAAAAAGAAACAGAGUUCCUUAGACUGAAACGUUCCAGACUCGGUGUCGAGGACUUCGAGCCCCUCAAAGUGAUAGGCCGAGGGGCCUUUGGCGAAGUCCGACUAGUCCAAAAAAAGGAUACUGGCCACAUAUACGCCAUGAAGAUUCUUCGGAAAGCCGAUAUGCUGGAAAAGGAGCAAGUAGCACAUGUGCGAGCCGAGCGAGACAUUCUAGUGGAAGCUGAUCAUCAAUGGGUGGUCAAAAUGUAUUAUAGUUUUCAAGAUCCGAUCAAUCUGUACCUCAUUAUGGAAUUCUUGCCGGGCGGCGACAUGAUGACGCUUCUAAUGAAAAAAGACACCCUUUCCGAAGAGUGCACGCAAUUUUACAUCACCGAAACGGCUCUGGCCAUCGAUUCAAUUCACAAGUUAGGAUUCAUUCAUCGGGACAUCAAGCCGGACAAUUUGCUGCUGGACGCCAAAGGCCACCUCAAACUGUCCGAUUUCGGACUGUGCACGGGGCUGAAAAAAUCGCAUAGGACGGACUUUUACAGGGACUUAAGUCAGGCGAAACCGUCCGAUUUCAUUAUAACGUCAUCUCCCAUGGAUUCCAAGCGACGAGCAGAAAGCUGGAAGAAAAACAGACGAGCAUUGGCGUACAGUACGGUCGGAACUCCCGACUACAUUGCCCCUGAAGUUUUUCUGCAAACAGGGUAUGGGCCGGCUUGCGACUGGUGGUCGCUUGGGGUGAUUAUGUACGAAAUGCUUAUCGGCUAUCCGCCCUUCUGUUCCGAAAACCCGCAAGACACCUAUAGGAAAGUGAUGAAUUGGCGUGAAACUCUCGUUUUUCCUGCCGAGGUUCCCAUCUCUGAAGAGGCGAAAGACACGAUAAUCAAAUACUGUUGUGAGGCUGAGCGACGACUGGGAUCUCAGAAGGGCUUGGAAGAUCUGAAAAUAAUACCUUUCUUUAGGGGAGUGGACUGGGAGCACAUCAGAGAAAGACCGGCAGCUAUUCCUGUCGAAGUACGAUCGAUAGACGAUACGUCCAACUUUGACGAUUUCCCUGAUGUUAAAUUAGAAAUUCCUGCCGCACCUUUGCCCCAAGAUGGCGAAAUAAUCUACAAGGACUGGGUGUUCAUCAACUAUACGUUCAAACGGUUCGAGGGAUUGACGCAGAGGGGAACCCCGAAGAAAAACUAAUCCAGUUGAACUUCCCCUGUUUCGCUUAAGUUAGAACAGAACUGUGUUGAACAAAGGAGAGUGAUGCGGUUGUUGACUUUCCCUAGAUAAACUUCCAAAAAUCAACGACUGCAAUUUACUUCUUUAAAUUGCCCUGGAGUCGUUAAUACUUGUAAGUCCCUUAGAUGAAUUUUCCAGCACUGGCUGCGAGAUAAUGGUGUGAAUGUUCGGGCAAACAAGGGGAGAAAAAAGUUUCGCCAGUGUUUGUCGGCACAGUUAUCCUGUUGUCAUUGCAAGCAUCUAUUUUGUAUUAUAUAAAUUAGGUCUGAGCAGUAACUGCACUGUUUGCUUCGAAAAGAGCUGUGAAAAGCUGUAAGCUCGGGCUGUGUUUGAGUGUCACGGUAAUCGAAUAGGAACGAAUCGGUCCAUAUUAAAUUGUUUUUUGUACAUAGGAAAUAGUCAAAGUACAAACUAAUCUUUUGAUUUUUAUCCAGCGACAGGUUUCUGUCUCAUGAACAAUCAGGAUCGUUGAACGCUCAAAACUAGUAUUGUCUAAGAUAAAAGUGUAAACCCACAUUUACGCCAGUUUUACAAUUACGUUCUUUGGCCAUUACAAAUGAAACAUCCUUCACUCUUUUUUUUUGGUCAUGUAAUUAAGGAAAUAAAAUUGUGCUUGUUCGAGUUUAAAAUAGAUAAAUCGAAGGUUGACGAUCUUGAUUUUUCCCAAUAGAUCUAAAUUGUUCGCAAUUGCCAAUAAUUAUUGUCCUAUUGAACAUGUCUCCUGACGCUGCCUACUUGAGCCAGAAUUGGUAAUCCCGCAACAAAGACAAUCCGAGCAACCGUGUAAAUGUUAAUUUGUUUUAUUGUUGCAAAGUGAUACUUUUUUAAUUUCCUUAGAUUGUUUUUAACGUUUAGGCGCUAAGAUUUACUAUGAUUGUCCUAAAAUGAGGGCACCCACCUGGUUAGGUCAGCAGGCGAACUCUAUUUUUCCUGGCUAAAGCCGAAAGAUUAGUUGAAAACUAAUAUUUUCUGUUUCUGUCAGUGAGAUCAUGUUGGGUUUGGUGUUUUACACCUUCGCACGUGAUAAAUUGAGCGUUUGCGUUGCAAUAUUGGAAUUUCAGGACUUACAAUCAUCAAUGGAAACACUUGUGUAAGUAAAAAAUUAAAGAAAAACAGGCAGGCAAAGGCUCAAUAUGUUUGUGAUCUCCACUUAUACAACAAAGAUCGUUAGUUUUAUACGAAUUGAAACGGCUGGUAUUUUUCGGAACGACGAAGUUGUGUAUUUUAACUGUAUAACAUAUUUUAUUAGCCGAGUUUUAAAUAAUCAGAGCAUGUUGGGUAUUGAUUAGAAAUUGUUGUAUAGCUAUUAAACUUUAUUUAGCACGAAUGUUCUUGUGAAAUUCCAUUGAAAAGAUUUCGUCGUAGCUCUCUAUCAGUAAAAUAGUUGAGGAUUUGUGGCACCGAAAAUGACAAAAAAACGGGCUUCGAUCUGAUGAAAGGAACGCAAUGUUUAAGUAAAUGGUCUCGCUAGCAGAACUUGUAAAUAGUAUAUCUACUUCAAAAAAACCGUAUAAAACUAAAAAUUAUGAAAUAAAUAUUAUGUGCUUUAA